CGCGCAGGCGCGGGGCCGCCUCCUCCCCGCGCAGCGGCGGAAGCGGCACCGGGCCCGGGCCCCGUCCCUGGGAGCGCCCCUGCCCCGCGUGUCCUCGUGUGUCCCCGCUCCCACCCUGCCCCCUCCCCGCGCCGAAGGGAAGGGAUGGCGGGGGCGGGCGCGGCCCUGCUGGCGGGGCUGCUGGCGAGGCUGGCGCUGGUGCUGUACGGGCUGCACCAGGACCGCACCAUGCGGGUGCGCUACACCGACGUCGACUACCGGGUGUUCACGGACGCGGCGCGGCUGGUGACCGAGGGGCGCUCGCCCUAUCGGCGGGCCACCUACCGCUACACGCCGCUCCUGGCCUGGCUGCUGACGCCCAACGUGUUCCUCACCGAGGCCUUCGGGAAGCUGCUCUUCGUGGCCGGGGACGUGGCGGCUGCCGUCGUCGCUUACCGGGCCCUGCGGCGCCGGGGGACCCCCGCCGGGCGCGCCUGUGGGUGCUGCGCCGCCGCCUGGCUCCUCAACCCCCUGCCCAUGGCCGUGUCCAGCCGGGGCAACGCGGAGGCGCUGGUGGCGCUGCUGGUGCUCGCCACCCUGUACUGGGUGGAAGAGGGCAGCGUGGGCAAGGCCGCCGUGUGCUACGGGCUGGCCGUGCACAUGAAAAUCUAUCCGCUGACCUACGCGCUGCCCAUAGCGCUCCGCCUGCGCCGCGGGGAGCGGGCGCUGGGUGCGCGGGCUGACAGAACGGCGAAGUUCACGCUUGUGGCGCGCCUCUGGCACCUUUUUGUAAAGAUGCUGAACCGCGACGUGCUACUCUUUGGAACAGUUGCCGGGUCGGUGCUGGCUACCUUGACUGUGGCAUUUUAUCACCUCUAUGGCUGGGAGUUUUUGGAGCACGCCUACCUCUAUCACCUGACUAGGAGGGAUAUCCGUCAUAACUUCUCUCCCUAUUUCUACAUGUUGUACUUGACAGCAGAGAGCGAGUGGAGUUUUGCCCUUGGCCUCGCAGCUUUCCUGCCCCAGCUGCUUUUGCUCCUGGUUGUUUCCGUAGCGUUCUACAGAGACCUUGCCUUCAGUUGUUUCCUACACACCGCUAUUUUUGUGACUUUUAACAAAGUAUGCACAUCCCAGUACUUUGUCUGGUAUCUCUGCCUUUUGCCCCUCGUAAUGCCUAGUAUUAAGAUGUCCUGGCAUAGGGCCGUGCUGCUUCUCUUGCUGUGGUUCAUCGGACAAGGCCUGUGGCUUACUCCUGCGUUCUUUCUGGAGUUCAAAGGAUAUAACACUUACUUACUUAUAUGGUUGGCAGGCUUGCUUUUCCUUUUAAUUAAUAGCCUCAUAAUUGUUCAGAUUAUUGCACAUUACCAAAAAGAAGCACAAGAUGCAAAAAAACUGAAGCAACGGUAAUAAAGUGACCAAAAUCCAGAAACAGCCCUACUGUCCUUGGUAAGGCAUCACAUACCACCAGCACUUAAUCUAACAAAAGUGCAUGUAAGUUGUACUAAAGCACAUUGUGUGUAAAUGUUACUGUUUCAGGCUGUGAGAGCAGUGACUGGCCUCAGUUAUUCUGAGCAGCCCCAGUCCUGCCCUGAGCAGUUUCAGCAGGUGUGCCUGUCUGCUGUGUGGGUCUUGAAACUGCCUUGCAAGACUCUCUCCAGCUCUGUCCUCCCGCUCCUGACUGGAAGUCUCCUGGACCAGUUCAUCUCUUCAGUGUCUUUGGGCCUCUGGUGAAGGGGCUCUACCCUUCUGCACUGACUGUCUCACCUACCACCUGCAGAGACAGAGGGGCUAUGCCCUCCUCUUUGACCCCUGUGCUGGGGUCACUCUCAGUUCCUGCUCAUACUCCCUGAUGGAGUAGCCCUGACACCUUUUUUCUCAUUCUCAGUGUUAGUCUGUUGAGGACUAACUGUUAGUCUGUUGGCUUUUAUCUAGAAUAACACAGCAGAUAAUAAAGGUGGAAUUUGAUUAUAAAAUUGGA